UCUCUUCAGAUUAGUCGACAACUCGGCAAAUCGGCGCGUAUUGGAAGAGCUGCGUUGAACUCGGAGGCAUUCUCGGGAUGCCCCUGACCUGACAUGUCAAUGUAAGCUUAUGUUAUAUUAUUCAUUAUUAUCAUUUUAUUUUUGAUCAUCAUAUUAUUUCAUAUUACCUGUAUUAUUUCAUGUUAAGAUACCUAAAUUAUAUUCUGUUGUUUAAUCGUUGCUGAGACAUGUUUUUAUGUUGCUAGGUUCUGAUUGGCUGUUGAAGUAAGAGAAGCAGGAAGUGAUUUUAGUUGGGAGCAGAGUUGUGUUCUCGAACGUUCUCUGGUGCAGACGUCUUUUUCCCCCCUUUUAAUAAAACCGCAUUUAAAGGAUUCCAUCUCUCCUUUUGCCGUUGGUAAAGUAGAGCUAUCCACUAAAAACAACGAACCCCUAAACUUACAUUAACAACAAACAAAAAAGUUGGCUUCCUUAGCUGCGUGCUAUCAUUUCCAAACCAGAGUUUAACCCAACAAUCAACAGAAACAAUAUCUGAAAUUACAUACGGAUCAGAUACCUCGCUGGCAACUUUGAUUUUUUUUUCCCCAGGGAGUUGGUGUGUUUGGCGAAACUCGAGACAGCUCCAUUAAAAAUGUAUAAAGCUUCAGUGUACUUGACUUCACCCGGUAACGCGAGGCAUUUCCUCCAUCGUCGUGCUCACGGCGUGACGCCACACUUCAUCCCCCCCGAUGUGACUCAAAGAGAAUUUCGUCUUGAACAUAAAUGCCGAAUGGUAAAGCGACCGCAUUGCUGUUAUUUCAGAGCGUACAGAUUUCCUGUGCUACGGCCGACUUUUCAUUCAAGACCCUCGCGGGGUUUCAACACGUGAUCUCUUAUUUUCAUCAUGCUCCAAAAGGACUUUUUCAAAUGGUGGAACAAAUUCCCUUUGUGGUCCCGCUAAGGCGACGUAAUUGGAAAUGCGGUGUGUCUUAUUAUCCGAUUUUUACCACUGCGCCGCGUCCCCGCGGCACAUGUGCAGAGGUCGUUGUGUAAAAAAAGUCGCAGUAUGGACAAUCUCCGGAAGAGGAAUCACACUUUUAUUACCAUUGGACUAAUAUUUACGCUCAGCGGCAUCGAGUAUGCUGUCAUUUUGCCGACAAUAUGGCGAUAUCUGCAGAUCCUAGAGGCGCCGCCAUAUUUCUUGGGUCUGGGUCUGUCUGCUUUCAGUCUGAGCGGCCUUCUCACCGGACCGCUAUUUGGCUGCUGGUCAGACCGCAGCAGAACGACCAAGCCCAUUAUUCUUUUCUCCAAUCUUUUUGAGAUUGCUGGUAACUUCAUGUAUUUUAUCGGCUAUUCAAAGUGGCUGUUAGUCGCCAGUCGCCUUGUGACAGGUGUCGGUGCAGGAGCGGGAUCCUCCAUCUUCGGUUUCCUGACUCGGUGCACCCGGCCGGAGGAACGAGCCGGCAUCUUUGCAGCCGUCAUGGCCUGUCGACAAGCCGGCCUGCUUGUGGGGCCGGCGUUCAACCUGUUUCUGCGGCUGUGUAACUUCAAACUUGGACCGUUUGUUGUCAACAAGUUUACAUCUCCUGGGUUCGUGGUGCUGGCAAUGUACUGGGACUUACCGGCCGCGGACUCCACACAGGGCGCCGUACUGAUGAUGGACCUGAAACGGGAGGAAGACGAAGAGGAUGAAGAUGAGCCGCUGAUGGGCCCGGACGGUGUGCAGGUGCAUGCUUACCAAGCUGUCAACUCCAGUCAAUUGGAGAUCUCCCCCUCAUCUGAAAUGCAACCUCUCCACGAGGCCUCAUCGCCUGGAACCGAAGCGUUCGAUAACCCCAGCAUCAGUGCAGAGUUCCUGAGGGAGGAGGUGAUUGUUCUUCUCACGGCUCAGUUCAUCACUCUCUUCAAUCAGACUGCGCUGGAGACCAUGGUGACUCCUCUGACGCAGCGUUACUUCGGCUUUGGCGAGUUGGGCAACAGUGUGAUGUACAGCCUGUGUGGCUUGGAAGUCAUCCUGGGCUUCCUCUUUGUUCGCUGGCUGAGCGAGAAGGUGGCUGAGCGUGCAGUGUUGGCUGCCGGCCUGGUCAUCUGUUGCGCCGCCUGUAUCUGGUGCCUCGUCUUCCUCUGCAACCUCCGAGGUAGCUACGAGUGGAAGCUGUCAGCCUUCAUUAUUGGCGUGUUCCUGCAGCUGUUGGGGCUCCCGUUGGUGGCCGUGUCUCAGGUGUCGCUCUUCUCCAAAGUGACAGCGGAGAGAACACAAGGAUUCAGCCAAGGUAUCAGACGAUCGGUCGGGGGCCUCGCCACCAUCAUGGGUCCUUUAUGGGCUGGAGGAUUGACCAAUCAUUUAUACAUCAUGAUCGCUAUGAUGUUGGCUCUCCUCUUGAUGGUCACCGUGAUGACGGUGUUGUCGUACGGCCGUCUGACUCAGCCCAGAGCGGUGCAGUGUGCGCAGAGCUCCGAUACUGGAGGAUAGACACAAAGAGCGAGAGAUGCCCCCACGCAUAGGAAAGGCCCUUCAUCUCCGAGAGGAUCAAUACGGGCGGACUGCGGAGGAAAAGCUGAGACUUAAAAAAAAAAAAAAAAGCAGACUGGCAUCAGUGGUGGGGAGUAACUUUGUUACUGGACUCGAGUGGAUUUUUCAAGGCUCUCUACUUGAGUAUAUAUAUAGUUUAUUUUUUUCUGGUGACUUUUGACUUGUUCUCCUUGCUUUUCUGAGGCAUUUUAUGUUAUCUCAUCUGAAAAAAAAGCAAAACUGAAAAAAAACGCAUAUAGGUAAAGGUUUUUCUGUUAUUUUGCUCUUCACAAUAAAUCAUAGUGUGCAGGGUAUUUUUCCGAUAGUGCCAAGUUUUAAAACAGGCAAAGCUGACACGGGGGGGCGCUGUUGCUCUCAUGUAGAAGAUGCAUGGGGGGAGUGGCAUAAUUGAGGAAGAAAGUGAUUCUUCUCCCAACUAAACUAUUUAUACCCCCAUGUGUUGAUGGAAAGAUAAGAGAAGAGGUUUUUCCAUGUGACCCGACUUCUCAUUCCUUGUCUCCAGUCUUAUUCUUUCUGAAAAAAAAAACAAAACAACCGACUUGAAAUGAAACAGUUGACACGCUGAGUGUAAAAGUGGAGCUGUCAACAUCUUAUCAGCUUCGUGACAGUGAGCUGACAGGAGCGCAUGUUCAAAAAUAGUGAGGCAUUGCAGAUUGCUUAAUAUUUAUUGGAGAAAAAAAUGAUUUUUUUUUUUAAUGGCUCAAUCAAAAGACAAAGCCUUGACGACACCACAAAGAGCAUCUCUGAAAAUAUAACCGCCACGCGGCCCAAAUCAUACUUGUCAGUUGUUAAUAUUUCUUCUUUCGCAUUGAAGGAGAAGGCGCAUUUACAGCUUCAUUUUCCUUAUUUGUAAUUCAGCACUUGUCAAGUUGUUAGCCGUGCACAGUCAGCCACUUGCAGGUUGGAUUGUCCCUCAGGAUGAGCCGCGUGCUCCACAUCUGCAUCUGACGGGAGAUGGCUGGAAGCAACAUGAAGGCAGUCGAUUCCUUUUGUAGGGCUGAUCACGGGCUUGGACAAUCUCUCAGUGUUUUGCAUAAUUUACAGAUAAGGCCCCAGUAACCUUUCCAUUUUUCAACAAACGGCGUCCCUUGUUUGGCUUUCUGAAGCCUUUUCACCUGAAAUGGAAAAUCUAAUCUCUGGGGCUCAAGGACGUAGUAUUCAUAAGCACUUUCAUGCAAUGAUCAGCAUAUUCAGCCUCUUGACAUUUAAGGGAGAUAAGAAAGUGUACAGAAUCAGGUCAAAACUGAUUUUACACUCUCUCAGCUCGCUGACUUUCAGCAGGGUUCCUGCCUGCUGCCGAUUCGUAACGGCAAUCUAAAUGGCCCCGGCCAAAAGAGUUCCUCAAAAACAGCUUUGGCCCAUCUUGAAAGACUCAUAUUAAGUAAUAACACACAACUUAGUUUGUAAGGUGUAGGCAGGGAUUACAUUUAGUCAAGUCUUUAGAUUUGAU